UGAUGACACUGAAAGGUAGCGGUCGCAUCCGGAGGUGCUGGCGGAUACAUUGCAAGUGCUCGCGCGAGAUCAUAUUCAGCACCAAUGUCGCAUCAUUGACAUGUCCAUCAUGACGUCGCACCCUACCGUCAUUCGCAUCAACACGAUGUCAUCGGCCGUUUCCCUCGUAUGAACCCUCGUCCUGACGCUGAUCACAAGCAGGACGUGACUGCGGAUGACUCACCAGUAUCGCCAUUGCCAACUAUAUGCUCGGAUCAUAGAUGCUGAGUAAAUCCUGUGCUAGCAACCCCAUCUGUUGUCUUCAGCCUUUGAUAUCGAAUCAUUGAUAGUACCUGUGUAUGGGACCCUAUAUACAUAAAACCCCCACACAUGAUGGAUCACGAGCACUGAUUUCAGAAAUGUCUUCACCACUGACUCUUCCCACCUGGACACCUGCCCAAGCAGUAGCUCUUCAUGGCAUUCGCACUGCAAUGGGUGCUUUCAAGCCUACAUUCGGACAGGCCCGAUCUCUCGCUGAACGCGCACGAGUGCCCAGCGAAGGAAUCCCUGAAGGAGUUCACAUCUCUUGUGAAAUAGCUCCGCCUUCCUCUCAGAUCCCUGCAUCUAUUCACUCAAACUCGAUCCAACCGGGUCAAGUCCCCGUCUUCUAUUAUGCUGAUGCGUCUUCCGACUCAUUUGCUGAUGCGAAGAAUGACAUCAAAGUCAUACUUCACGUUCAUGGAGGUGCCAACGUCUCCGGGCACCCCACAGAACAAAGGUUUAUAACGUUCUUUUCUCGCAUGCUCCGUGCGCUCGGGAAGGAGUCUGUUGCACAAGGAUCCAGUGCACCCAUCAUCGCAGCACCUUCCUACAGACUCGCAACAGUCGCUGAGAACCUCUUUCCAGCAGCAUUGCAAGAUCUCUUCUCUGCAUACCAUCACCUGAUCCUAAAAGGCUUUAACGCCGAAAACAUUACUAUCACAGGCGAUAGUGCAGGGGGAAAUUCUGGUACGUAAUGAUCUAAUGAGUUCUUCUCGUAUCCAUAUCUCAUUUUCAUUCAGCUCUUGUUCUCACCUAUAUCAUCUCGCAAUCCACUCUCCCCAUGCCGGGGCACGUCGCAGUUUUCUCCCC